CGCAGUUAGUUGUUGCACGCGCCGCGUUUCCUGGUUCCUCUGUGUUGAUAUUCGCCGAUGUAAACUGUUCAAAGUCAAACGAUUUCCUGAGGGCACAGCGGGUUUGAUGCCCACUGCUCCAAGAUGGAGCACUCCGAUUUUAUGACACACAAGAACGGGCGCCAGAGGAAGGCGGCGGGGGUCGCCCUCUCAUCUGAGAGCAUGACGGACAUGGACAGGGUAGAGAUGAGCUCUCCUGAUCCGGAGUUAGAGGAGGAAGCAGAGGGUCUCAUCAGAGGGUCUGACUCAGAGGACAGGAGGCACAGGGUCCGGCCUGCUGGGGUCCGUGGAGAGUUGGGGAACGUUUUGCUUCUUCUGUUCCUGUACGUGCUGCAGGGGAUUCCUCUGGGCCUGGCGGGGAGCAUCCCUCUGAUUUUACAGAGUAAGAGCGUCAGCUACAAGGACCAGGCCUUCUUCAGCUUUGUCUUCUGGCCAUUUAGUCUCAAGCUCCUCUGGGCGCCGCUGGUGGACGCGCUCUACUUCAGCAGGUUUGGUAGAAGAAAGUCAUGGCUGGUUCCCACACAGUACCUGCUGGGCCUCUUCAUGCUCUACCUCUCUGUGACGGUCAAUUCCCUGCUGCAGAGUGAAGGAGGACCAAAAGUGGUAACACUCACAGCUGUCUUCUUCAUGCUUGCCUUCCUGGCAGCCACACAGGACAUCGCUGUGGACGGCUGGGCCCUGACUAUGUUGUCCCGGGAAAAUGUGGGCUAUGCUUCUACAUGUAACUCUGUGGGCCAGACAGCUGGAUACUUCUUAGGGAAUGUGCUCUUUCUGGCUCUGGAGUCUGCAGCCUUCUGCAACAAAUACCUCCGAUCAGAGCCCCAGGACACAGGCAUCGUGACCUUGUCAGACUUCUUGUUUUUCUGGGGGAUAGUGUUCCUGGUUUCCACGACGUUGGUAGCCAUCAUGAAAAAGGAAACCGAGCAGGGCAAAGGGAAGAAGAAAGUCCAAGAGGAGACACAGGGCGUCAUGGCAACCUACAAGCAGCUGUUCAACAUUAUCAAGAUGCCCACCGUCUUCACCUUCUGUGCCUUGCUUCUCACUGCCAAAAUGGGCUUCUCUGCAGCGGACGCAGUCACAGGUCUGAAGCUGGUGGAGGCUGGAGUCCCUAAGGAGCAGCUGGCCCUGCUGGCAGUGCCCAUGGUGCCUCUGCAGAUCCUGCUCCCUGUGAUCAUCAGUAAAUACACUGCGGGGCCCCGACCCCUGGAUGUCUUCUACAAGGCCUUUCCUUUUAGGUUGCUCAUAGGACUGGGGUACGCUCUGCUGGUGUGGUUGACCCCCAGUUUAAAACAAGAUGGAGGGUUCCCUGUUUACUACUACGGCAUAGUGCUGAUUAGCUACGCAUUGCAUCAGGUGACGCUGUACAGCAUGUACGUGGCCUGCAUGGCCUUCCAUGCCAAAGUGAGCGACCCCCUCAUCGGGGGGACCUACAUGACGCUGCUGAACACCGUCACCAACCUGGGGGGAAACUGGCCCUCCACCGUGGCUCUGUGGAUGGUGGACCCCCUCACCUCUAAGGAGUGUCAGGGGGGCGGGCAGAGCUGUGGCUCUCCGGAGGAGGCGGGGCUGUGCGUUAAGGAGGGCGGCGCCUGUGUGACUACACUGGACGGUUACUACGUGGAGUCGGUGGUGUGUGUGGUGAUCGGUCUAGCCUGGUGGCUGUGGUUAGGGAAGAAGAUGAGGCGGCUGCAGGAGCAGAGCCCCGCUGCGUGGAGGUGCAGAUCCAAUCACUGAUGACACUCCUCAUCAGGACUUCUGACUCUUUCUUUGUUGCACAGCUUAACGGUGGACAUGUUUGUUUCACUCCGGUCCAUCCUGUUUACUCCCUGCUCCAGCUGUUCAGAAAUCACUCUCAAACUGUGUCACCUUGACCUGCAUAACUCUGAUGAAAGACGUAAAACUCCUUCUCAUCAUUACUAUAUCCCGGAGAGCUGAAAACAACGAGCUAGCUAAAACGUUUUAUUUUUUAUCCUGAAACUUUACUUUGCUGCUUCAAACAGCCUUACCAAACGAGAGCUGAGUCAAAGAGUGUGUUCAAAUACAUUUCUGGGUUGUUUUUAUCCGCUUGGAUGGCCAGUGUGUGGCUAGAAAUGUUAGCAAAACAAAUCAUUUUGAGCCCCUCCACAAAAAGAAAUUAGUAAACCCACACUUCAGUCUUGUUCCCGGCAAGUCAGCAUUUAGCGAUACUAAAGGGAACAGACGGCGAAACAUACACAUGUACUUCUUCUAAUGAACUGUAAGCAUCAUUUCUCUAAUAUCUGAUGCUGGUAAAUCCAAGUAACCAGUAUCAAGACUAUCUAUCAUUGCUGUUUGACUCAGAAUCUAACCAAAUGUUGUUUUUUUAUGAUUAUUUAAAUACAUGUUUUCCUCUGAGUAAUUUGUGCCUUGUUUACUGUUUCAAAGCCGGUUGAUUCAUGAAGGCAGGGGAUGCUACCUUUGAAAUUGAUGAACAUGCAUUCAGUAACACUGUAGUCUGUAGUAGAUUACACAAAACAUAGCUGCUAUCGUUCUUUAGUUUUGAUAUACUUUAUGAUAGGACGCUCAGCACACAUUCCUCAUGAAUACAAGAUGAGCUGUCCAAAAUAUUAAAUGUUUAAGA